CGUGUAUAAGGGAUGGAUGUAAUGGUGAAAUGGGAAGAUAACACUCUAAAUGUGGUUGAGUCUGAUAAAUUAGUACCUGUUACAGCAGGGCAAAAGUUUUGUAAAGGCGUAAUGGCUAAAAUGCUCUACGGCGGUAUUUGGUAUAAUGGUCAGGUGAUCGACACAGAAGCAACUUCCACUUCCGAGAGUGACAAUGAACCAUUAUCUAAAUAUCGUAUAGUUAGUAUUUCGAGUGACGAUGAGCCACUGUCAAAAUAUAUGGCUGUAAGAAAUCAAACUCAUACACCUGUAGAUCAAGACUCAAACAAGCGAGAUAGUUAUCUGGAACAGGCCUGCGAGGAUAUUUCCUGUCAAGCAGAAGUACUUAGUAGUUGUUUUCGUUGCUCUACGCUGCUGUGCAUCGACCAUUUUCAAAGUGAAGACAUAUCCUGUAUUUCUCACAAAAAUCGAGCAAAUGAAGAUAACAUAGUUCCAGUGACUUCACUGAACGUUGAUAGGUAUGUGGAACAGUCCUGUGAGGUUAUUUCCUGUCAAGCAGAAGUAUUUAGUAGCUGUUUUCGCUGCUCUAGUCUGCUGUGCUUCGACCAUUUACAAAGUGAAGACAUAUCCUGUAUUUGUCAUAAAAAUCGAGCAAAUGAAGAUAACAUACUUCCAACGGCUUCACUGAACGUUAAUGACUCCAUAUCAACAAUGUAUGCCGUUGAAGGUGCCCCAAGAGAGGAGCCAAGACCAUCAGUUCAGAAACCAGUCGAAACUUGCAAAAACUCUAAGAAACCAAGGCAAAGAAUAUUACAGCAUAAGCAGCAAGAAAAUUGUACCAGCGCGGAAGCUUUUAGGUAGAUGUGAAAGUGAAACAUGUGUGAAAACCGAAAAACAGUGCAAUGCGUUUAGUGAAGAAAAUAGAGCGGACAUAUUUGCA